UCCGACUGAUUCAUACAGGAAGCACAUUAAGUUGUGUGCAGUUCAGCUCCUAUAUAUUUCAUCUUAAACAUAUUGUCAAUUUAUCAAUAAUUCUGAAACAUGGCUGUAUCGAAUUAUUCAUUGAAGGUCAACAGACAGCUUUUGGAUCCCAGCUUUGAGAGUUACAGACUGUCUCUGGAGCCCAUUCCAAUUUACAACGUAGAGCUAGAUGCUGCUGUGGCGGAGGUGAAACUGAAGGACAGUCAAUACACCCUGGACCAUGUGCGUGCUUUUGGCAUGUACAACUACCUGCAUAUAGACCCCUGGUAUGAGGACAGUGUUUUCUUUGUUGACUGCAAAGGGCGAGUGCUGAAUCUUACGGUUACCCUGGACACCGCACUGGGGAAGCCCAUAGAGGUCUUCCACAUGCCCUCUGACCCCACUGUGUGUGAGGAACGUCUCUGUGCCUCUCUUAGCUUCACCUCUGCCACCUGGGCAUCUCUCUCUGACGGUGCGGGCAGACUCUACCUCCUCAGAACCAGCAUGAGAAGGGAGAAUUGCAGUCUGAAGUGGGAGCCCUUGUUCAGUGAGGAGAUGGGGGAGCCCUUCACCAUCCUCCACAGCAUAUCUCACGUCCAGGCUGGGGUCCACUCCAUGGAGGUCCUGCUCCUCCGCAUCCAGAAAGACCCAUCAUCGGACUCUGAUGCAAAGGGAAGUGGCUACUCUGUUUCUUUGGAAUGGAUCACAGUCUCUAACACUGCAGAACAGGGUCAGGAGAAGAAGUACAAGGUAAGGAAGAGGAAGAUGCUGAGGGGGAAGUCAGUGCCCCACUAUGCAGCGUUGGAGCCCCAAGGGAAAGGGCUAAUGGUGGCUUCGGAGAAACCUUUUGUUUUCACACAUGUGGACGGGGCACUGCUGGAGCAGCCUGCGGCACACGCCAUGGAGAUGGAGUCGAGCGCUGGUGGGUCAAUGCUACAGGUCAUAGAUCCAAUCUACUUCUGGCAGCAGACAAUAGAGGAUAUAACAGUAUCUGUGCGUAUGCCCGAGGGCAUCACCAAAGACGACGUGCUCUUCAAGCUCUCCAUGGAAAAUGUGAGUGUGGGGGUGCAGGGUUUUGCCCCCUUGCUGGAGGGGCAGCUGCAUGCCCCGGUGGACCCCGAAGCCAGUGCCUGGAUCAUCAAAGACGAGAAAAGCCUGGAGGUGACUCUCCAGAAGAGGAGCGAGGGGCCCAUGUGGCCAGAGCUGCUGACUGGAGGAGACGGGAGAGGAGAGUUCCUGAUGAGUGAGGAGCAGACAGCCUUGCUCCACGAGAGACUGACAUACCUCACUACUGAGGACAUGAAUGCCAACCCAGACAAGGGCAAGCCCCCGUGCAACGCCCAGGAGCUGGAGGACUGCGAUGGCUUCCCAGAAGACAGCUCCAACCUGACACGCUUCGAUGGAGAGUCGCUCAAGCCCACUCAUGUGGUGAACUUGGGGAGCCAUCAGUACCUGUUCACGGUGGACUUGAACCCAUCUGAGAUGCCUAGUUUCUGCCUGCGUCAUGACGUGGAUGCCCUGCUGUGGCAGCCCCGCCCGGACCAGCCCAGCAACAUGUGGGAACACAUUGCCACCUUCAACGCCCUCGGCUACGUCCAGGCGUCGAAACGUGACAAGAAAUUUGCCACCUGCCCCCCAAACUUCUCCUAUGCCGCUUUGGGGGAGUGUCUUCGCCGGGUGUUCAUCUACCGGCAGCCGUCGCCGGUGGACACAGUCCUGUUCAACAGGAUGCAGGGUCGUCAGGUGGGCCAGGUCGCUAAGCAACAGGUGGCCAGCCUGGAGUCAAACAACAUUGUCCUUGGCUUCAGAGCCACCAAUGAGAGACUGUUUGUCCUGACCUCUAACAACCUAUUUGUUCUGAAGAUCAACAAUUAGAUCUGGGACUACUUUUAUGGCCAGUUUUACGGACACACCCGGGAUGGAGAAUCCCCAUUGAGAUAGCAUUUUAGUCCAGGACUAUAAGCUUAAUCUGUGUCCGGGAAUCUGCCCCUUAGAAUGUUUCCAUCCACCAUACACACUGUCCACCCCUGAGACAGAGCUAUACCAUUCCACAAAGUAAAAGGAGUGUAUCUAGAACCUACAGUAAGUGUGGUAGUGUAAUGUCAUUUGUGGUAGAGGUCUGAUCUGUCAGCAAUAUGUCUACACUUUCAAAUGUCUGUCUUCAUAUUUGUAUGUUAUUCUGUGAAUAUCCUACUGGUGUUGACACUGUAUAGGAGCCCAAAUGUAGUAUGAUUCAUGUUCUCACAUUAAAUUAUGCCCUCAGAAGCUUUGACCAAUAGAAGCAGAAUGUAAUGAAAAUAUUCCAUUAAAACCAAACAACGUUA